GGACCUUAAUCUUAAACCCUCAUCUUUCAACACGAAGAAAUUUCAACCUCAAAGCAUUUUUCCUUUAAUCUUCCACGUCUUUUCCUCUACCUCGCUAAUUCAUAUUUUCAUUCCAAACAUAUAUAUAUGUGUGUAUAUAACAGAAAUAUGAAUUUUCGUGUUGGUAAUUUUAUCUCCAUAUCAUCCAUUGCCAUCGUUCGGUCGCCGAGUUCGAACCUUUGCUUUCGUCGUUCUAAAACCCUAUUGUCCUCUCCACCUUCAACUUUUCCUCUCCGGACAAUGUCUCAGCUGUCGAAUUCAGCUCCUUCAGCAAUUGCCUCUGACGCCGCGCCGCCGCCGGAGCCCAAGAAGCCCUGGCUCGUCGUCGGGCUUGGAAACCCCGGCAAGAAGUACCAAGGCACACGCCACAAUAUUGGUUUUGAGAUGGUUGAUGCUAUUGCUGAAGCUGAAGGAAUACCUAUUACCAGUGUUUCCUUCAAAGCCCUACUUGGAAAAGGUUUUAUUGGAGAUGUUCCAAUUAUGCUUGCCAAACCACAAACUUUCAUGAACUCAAGUGGUGAGUCUGUUGGAGCUAUUGCCAAAUAUUACAAGAUUCCAUUAAAGCAAGUUCUCGUGAUUUUUGAUGACCUAGAUUUGCCUUUUGCAAGACUAAAGCUAUUGCCAAAGGGUGGACAUGGAGGACACAACGGGAUGAAGAGUAUCAUUGAUCACUUUAAAGGGAGCCGUGAUUUUCCACGGUUGAGAAUUGGCAUAGGCAGGCCUCCUGGGAAAAUGGAUCCUGUCAACUUUGUUCUUCGUCCAUUCACUAAACAAGAACGUGAAGAGUUGAAUUUUACAUUUCAUGACGGUGUAGAAGCACUUCGGAUUCUUUUGCUUCAGGGGUUUGAUAAAAGUGCAACAUUUGUAAACAGCGCCAAACCCAUGGAACAACUUGGAUAGAAAUACUUGUUUCAUUACAAUUUUCAUGGAUAGGAGGAUUAUUCUUGAAUGAAGAUUUUGCACCUAAGUCAGCUCAUAUGAUUUUGUUCUCGAAGUUGACUUACAACACUCCACUAGAGACCAUUCAGAACCUCUUCAUUAAUUUUGAAAACCAUCAAAUCAUUUCUAAACAUCCGACCUGUGAAAAAGCAGCUAAAGAAGAUUUUCUUAAAAUUGUUAUCCUUGAGAAUUGUUGAGUAUCUACUAAUUCCAAAAGAAAUCAAACGAUUUCAUGUAUCUGUUGCUCUAUCUGAGCUUUUCCCUGUAAGUUGACCUUUUCUGUGAACAUAUUUAAGUAUGGACAUUAGUUUCUUGGCCGGCAAAAUUUUUUACAUUUUCUUUUCCAGAAUGGAAGAUUAUAAAAGUUCUAAUAAAUUUUCUUGAGUGCUGUAGUUUGCAGGGUAUGUUCUUUUGGUGGUCCAUAUUUUGAGGACAAUCAAGUUGUAUAAGCUCUGAUCAUUAAAUUCUACAAAGCUCUGGUCUUAUCUAGAGUAUUGUCAUUUUUUUUAUUAACAAGCAGGGAUUUUGCAUUUGGAGUCUUUUUGACUCUUGUUUCA